AUGAACAUCACUAUCACUGUCCCUGCGGGGACAAUUAACCACGGUGACCCUCGCCUUCUUUGCACACCUCCAGUAUGGACCGACUUCGUUAUCUUUUAUGCUACGAAUUACUUCGUUCACGCCCUCACUCUUCCUAGUCGUCCCGGAGAAUCCAUACUAGAAACUUGCUUUACAGUAAUCACAGCUCUGUUCCUCCCGAGUACUGGUUCCCUGAGAGCCGCCCGCUGGUUGCUCUCUCAUGCUGGCACCGUCAGACGCGAUGAACUCAGUCGAGCCAUGAGAGCAGGGGCGCUUUGCAUGGUCGUCGACGAAACAGAACGCUCAAAAGUAUCCUGGAUAGAAAGGUCUUUAAGGAGAAUGAGGUUUCCGAGGGCGUCUCGAAGCUGGCACGACACCGAUGCUUCCGUGCUUCCUUGGUACCGCUUUCGCUUUCGAGGGGCAGGUCGAUGGGUGCACUCCUCCCGCACUAUCCACGGCACCUGUGUGUUGCCGAAAGGGUUUAUUCUAGUAGAGGUUCCGGUGGGAACUCCGCUGAAGCCGUCACCGGACUCGGGAGCCAACCACCUCGAUCGCUCGAACAUUCGCCUGGGCAGCACUUACAACAUACCCAAAGCUCUGUUCGCUCUAGGCCAGGCGAUAUGGGGUAUCACGACGGUCUACAGGACCCGCGGUGACCAACUGCAAAGAUAUGGCUAUGCAGCUUUUGGAGUAACUGUUGCCCCUUACGCAUUCAUGUCUCUAGUUAACCUCGUGGCCCUGCUCGUCACACCAGAGUAUAACUGUAUCUAUCUUGUUCACACGCCGGACCUCGACAGAGCAAGGAGACAAGGCGGUAGAUUCUCGGGGGCAGUGGCCAGCGUUGAUCUGGAUAAUGUCAAGGAACCACUGAGGACGUUCUGGCCCUCGCAGGCAGCCCAUGCAUCCUACCUCGCUGUUACGACGGUUCUGUUACUGGUACCAAUCAUUAUCGUCGCUGGACUGACUGGGUUUAACCCUGGGAGCAGCACCAUGUACCAGCAAGUCUGGAUUCUAUCCUGGUUGGGCUUCGGUAUCGUGAUGGGGCCGGUAAUCAGGUUAAGCACGAUUUUCCCCUCUGAGAUCCUUGGGGUAUACAAAAUUCGUGCAAACGACGCGUUGGCGUACGCUCUCGAGAACGCUACGUUCAUGGAGCGAGUGAUUGACUGGUUGGUUACAAAGUAUUUCUGGGUAGUCGAGACAUCUUUCUACCUGUAUGUCGUUAUUGGCGCCGCCAUUUUUUUCACUCCUGCGAUUGGUGGUAUGGUUGUUGUUGGCCAGAUGUUGCAAGAGUUUGGUUUCUGUAGGCGCAUAGAUCGUUAA